GAGUGUCUGUUUUGGAGCGUCGUCUGAGAGCAGUGAUGGCUUCCUCUCCUGCUCCUUCCUCCAGCUGUGUGGACGACCUGGUGGCCUCCGUGGGCCUGUACGUGCCCCGGCCCCUCGUGCUGCACGGCUACGUGUUGCCCUUCCUGGUGGUGUACGCCGCGUGGGCGUGGGCGUGGGUGUGGGUGUACGGGUGGGAGGAGUACUUCGAGGCCGGGCUCAUUGUGGUGGCCGGCGUGGGCUGCCUGCAGGUGCUGGCCUGUCUCUUCUGUCACUGGUCCGUCCAGGUCCGCUGUCUCCUCACCUGCAGGAAGGAGAAGAACCCACAGUUGGCCACGGUAGCUAAGGUUGUGCCGACGCCCAACAAUGGCUCGCCCGAGCUCGUCCGGGUUCACCAGACUGUGAUCAACAAAGAUGCCAAGGAAGCCAUUUGGUUUAGCUUUCAAAAAGCUAAAUACAUUUGGGAUGGUGAGGAGAGGAAACAAUUUGUGGGGCUGCAGUUCCCGGUGGAUCUUCAGUUACGGACGUAUGCAGAAUGGCGCGGUUACCAGGAGGACGCCGACCUUGCUGCGGCCGAGCAGAGAUUUGGAAAGAACGACCUCCAGAUGGAUGUUCCAGAGUUCACCGAGCUGUUCAAGGAGAGAGCCACAGCACCAUUCUUUGUGUUCCAGGUGUUUUGUGUGGGACUGUGGUGUCUGGACGAGUAUUGGUACUACUCCCUAUUCACACUCUUCAUGUUGGUCAUUUUCGAGUGCACGUUGGUGCAGCAGCAGCUGCGGAACAUGUCGGAGAUCCGCAAGAUGGGGGCAAAGCCGUAUAUGAUUCAGACCUACCGCAAUCGUAGGUGGCGGUCGGUGAUGACGGAUCAGCUGGUUCCUGGAGAUAUUGUAAGUGUGGGCCGGAGCCAGAACGACAAUCUCGUUCCCUGCGAUUUGCUCUUGCUUCGUGGGCCUUGUGUGGUGGACGAGAGCAUGCUUACUGGUGAAUCGGUGCCCCAGAUGAAGGAGAGUCUGGAGGCCGUGGAGCUAGAUCGGCAGUUGGACUUGGCCACAGAUGCCAAACUCCACAUCCUGUUCGGCGGCACCAAAGUGGUUCAGUACACCCCUCCGAGCAAGAGCGUGACGGGACUAAGAGCUCCUGAUAAUGGCUGUGUUUGUUAUGUCCUCCGCACCAACUUUAACACAGCCCAGGGUAAACUCCUGCGGACAAUUCUCUUCGGUGUGAGCCGUGUAACUGCCAAUAAUCUGGAAACCUUCGCAUUUAUCCUCUUCCUGCUGGUGUUUGCCGUGGCAGCAGCUUCAUACGUCUGGAUUAAGGGUACAGAAGACCCGAACCGAAACCGCUACAAGUUGUUCCUGGAGUGCACCCUCAUUUUGACGUCUGUGGUGCCGCCCGAACUGCCCAUAGAGUUGUCUCUGGCCGUUAACACUUCGCUCCUGUCACUCUCCAAGCUCUUUGUGUAUUGCACUGAACCGUUCCGCAUUCCGUUUGCGGGCAAAAUUGACGUGUGCUGCUUCGAUAAGACGGGAACGCUGACGAGUGACGAUUUGGUGGUGGAAGGGGUUGCAGGUUUAGAUGGGACAAGUGACGUGGUGCCGGUUAACGAGGCUCCGUUGGAAACCAUACAGGUUGUAGCUUCGUGUCACUCGCUGGUUCAGCUGGAGGAUGGACUAGUGGGAGACCCGCAGGAGAAGGCCACUCUGGCAGCCAUUGACUGGACCCUCACUAAAGGUGAAGCUGUCAUUCCACGGAAGGGAAAGGCUCCUGGGAUGAAGAUCUUCCACCGUUUCCAUUUCUCCUCACAGUUGAAACGCAUGUCGGUCAUCACCGGGUACACCCAGUCAGGAUCUGCCGACGUUGUGUAUUUGGCGACUGUCAAGGGUGCACCAGAAACUCUCAGGCCUAUGUUUUCUUCCCUGCCGCCAAACUACGAUAACGUGUAUCUUAAACUGUCCCGGCGUGGAGCAAGAGUCUUGGCUCUUGGAAGGAAAGAACUUGGCAAACUGUCACAUGCUGAGGUGCGCGAGACAACCCGAGAGAGGCUGGAAUGUAAUCUGGCCUUCGCUGGCUUCAUCAUCAUCUCGUGUCCCCUCAAGCGGGAUUCCAAGGAGGUCAUCAGAGAGGUGCUGCAAAGCUCACAUGCCGCCGUGAUGAUCACCGGUGACAACUCCCUAACUGCGUGCCACGUUGCUAAGGAAUUGAAAUUUACACAAAAACCGGCCACACUUAUUUUGCAGGACUAUGGUGAAGGAAACUGGGGGUGGGAGAGCAUCGACGAGGUCAUCAAGAUGAAUGUGGUGCCCCGAAAGAACGCUCUCGACGAGUUCUUCAACACGUACGACUUCUGUGUGACAGGAGAGGGCCUCACAUGGUUGAAAGACCACCACACCCACUUCUUCUGGAGCAUCCUUCCUCACGUGCGGGUAUUUGCACGCGUGGCCCCCAAACAGAAGGAAUUUGUGAUAACGGCAUAUAAAAGUUUAGGCUUCACAACACUGAUGUGUGGAGAUGGGACAAACGAUGUGGGUGCUCUGAAACAUGCUCACUGUGGUGUGGCCAUUCUUUCAAAUGCACCAGAUCGACCGCCCCAGAAGAAGAAACGCAGCGACGACGCAGGCAAUAACAUGACGCCGGCCAUGUCAGAAAAGCUAGAAAAUGCUAAAAAGUUGGCUAGGAGAGUGGAAAAGCAUAAGGGUCAAAUUCCUGCUCCACCUGGUCCUAACCAACCAAGAUUAACUCCUCAGCAGGAGCAAAUGAUGAAAACACAUGCCCAGCUGCAGAAACUUCUUCAGGAACUGGAGGAAGAGAAUAACCCCGUGGUGAAGCUAGGAGAUGCCUCCAUCGCUGCCCCGUUCACGUCCAAGCUCUCCUCAAUCCAGUGUGUGUGCCACAUCAUCAAGCAGGGCCGAUGCACGUUGCUGACCACGCUGCAAAUGUUCAAAAUAUUGGCCCUGAAUGCUCUCAUCCUGGCCUACUCUCAGUCGGUCCUCUACCUCGACGGCAUAAAGUUCUCGGACUACCAGGCCACGCUGCAGGGGCUACUCUUGGCAGCUUGCUUCUUAUUUAUUUCUAGAUCAAAGCCCUUGAAGAUUCUCAGUAAAGAGCGACCUUUACCCAAUAUAUUUAACGUUUACACAAUCAUGACGGUGCUACUGCAGUUUGCCGUCCAUUUUACCUGUCUGGUGUUCCUCGUGAAGCAAGCCAACGAAUGGUCACCCCCUAAAGAAAAGUUUGUCGACUUGGAAAAAGAGUUCGAGCCCAGUUUGUUGAAUAGCACCGUGUACGUUAUCUCCAUGACGCUGCAGAUAUCCACGUUUGCUAUCAAUUAUCGCGGCCAUCCCUUCAUGGAGAGUCUAGUGGAGAAUAAGGCUCUUCUCUACAGCCUCAUAGGCUCGGGGGGAGUCGUUCUGGCCCUCGCCCUCGGCAUCGUGCCAGAGUUCGCGCAACAGUUUGAGAUUGUGGACUUCCCACAAGAGUAUCGCAUUAUGUUGGUGAAGGUGCUGGUGGCCGAUUUUGCCCUCUCACUGAUCGUGGAUCGCGUCUGUCUCUUCUUGUUCGGGGAAGGAAGAUUACCUUCGCAACUUCGGAGAAGUGUCCUGUGAGGUGGCGGGACAAACUUUGUUUGUUGAGGGAAGAAAUAUUACAUAGAGAACUUUGAUAAAGGUGGUGAAACCAUGCCAGGUGUUGGUUGUUGAGGGAUGGAAGAUGGCCUCCUCAGCUUGGGCAAGUGUGUACUGUAACGUGGUAGUGGUGGAGGAGGAGGAAGGUAAAAUGGAAAAACAUUGAUAAAGCAAGUGGUGAUAUAAUGAUGUUUCUGAAUGCCUGAGUGACGAGGUGUUUGUAAUCUGAAUGAAUCUGCAAUUAUUCUUAAUUGGUAGUUUCCAAUUUUCCAGGUAAUUAUUGGUACGGAGGAUAUUCAUUAAUGCAUUUAGCCGACUGAAAUGAGAAUGAGAAUUUCUAAAUGACAUGUACAUAUAUAUAUUAAACAUUUAUUUAUUGAAUCUAUUUAUAUAUCAAUUUCUACGUCCAGGAUCAUUCUUCCUAUCAAAUCCCCAUCCUAGAAUUUAAGCUGAUAUAUUGUGAUUCAUGGAAGCGUACGGUUACGGUGCAUUUGUAACGAAACGAACACAAUUGUGACACCAAAGUUGACUGUAGGAAUAUCAUAGCCAUUCCCUCGUGUACAGAACUGAAAGUAAUAGUUUCCAUUCUUUGCUUUGCUUUUUUUCUCUUUUUUUAUAACCAUUCUGAUAUGUUUGAGAAAGGCACGCCAUGUUGCAAUUGGAACUUGCUCAAUCUUGUCAUACUUUUUUAUAGCGGAGACUGAGUCCAAGUUGGUGUAGUCGGUGUCUCAAGAACUGAGGUGCAAGGUAGUUAAUGUAUAGAUAAAAUAUCUGGCGUACAUUGCUACUGAUGGCGCAAGUGAACCCGCAUGUUGCAGGAAGGGGAGACGUGUUUUGUACUUGUCUGCAUGUCUUCCGUAACACCUGUAGAGUUGUGUGUACAGCUGGGACCAGAGCUGCUGGGAACGUUGUGUACAUUUGUGUGUGUGUGUACCGAGACUGGAAUUGCAGUACUGUUCAGCACAGUAACACAGCACAGUAACGUAAGCAGAACUGACAUGGACGAUACGUACCAAACUCGUUUCCGUUCGUGUUUUCCUUGAGGUAUGGGCUUUCUUGUGCUGGUGAUACAUGUUCUUGACACAUUUGUGAUUGGAUGUUAAUGUUGAUCUGGGUUAUUGUCACGAAUUUAUUUAUAUAUGUUGGGCCUAAUAGGCCAAGUUGCCUAAAAAGCCGAAUUUUCCUGAAAUAUUAAUUUUUCAAAUACUUUUUCUUGUGGAAUGAUGCAGCUUUACAUGAUUUAAAACAGAACAAAUUACUUUCAUUGAGAAGUAACAUAAAAGUUUGAUUAACCCUCACCUUCUUAACUUAGCCUAACAUAGCAUAACCUAACAUAACCAAGUUAGUAAUUCAUGCUCCUAAUAUACAGUAAUAUUUUUGUUAGAAAAGAACUAAUAUGGAAAGAAAUAUUUGAAAAUUCUGUAUCGAAAAUCAUUCGGCUUAUUGGGCAAAUCGGACCUUGCAUACUAGGCCAAGUAGUGCAGUUCUGGCUGUUAGGCACAACAUAAAUAUAUAUAUAUAUACGGUAUAUAUAUAGAAUGUUUAUUUCUGCAUUUAUUACCUGUUCUUUUAUAUUCUGCCAAUGAAAUUCCUUUUUAAAUAAUAAAUUGUUCUAAUAUUUCCUUGUGGGUUUGUGAGGACAGACCAAAUAUGUACUGUUAUUUUCUUACUGCUGUUUGAUAGCCAAAUAUCGCUGGGGAUGUGCUACAAGCUUAAGUGUUUGUUGCUAUCCAUAUGUGAAAUAAAAGAAUGUUAAUAUUCAUAAUAUAUUUAUGAAUAAAAUGUUGAAGGUGGA